ACUCUUAUUUCUCCUUUCUCCUUUCUCCUUUCUCCUCGGUCUCUCCCCUACUCGCUGCGACUUCGAGAUCUCAUUCUUCAAAUCGCAGCGUACUACUCUAUCAAGUCAUGGCUCUGGUCUUGCAUGCAUGGAAAACAAACAAAAAUGCCUAUAAGGCACUCAUUGCUGCAGAAUAUACUGGUGUGGACGUCAGACUGGUUGAGAACUUUGAGAUGGGUUUCUCAAAUAAGAGUCCUGAAUUCCUCAAGAUGAACCCUUUGGGGAAGGUUCCUGUGUUGGAAACACCUGAGGGUCCUAUAUUUGAGAGCAAUGCCAUUGCUCGUUAUGUCACUCACUUAAAGGCUGACAACCCUAUAUACGGUUCUACAUUGAUUGAUUAUGGUCAUAUUGAGCAAUGGAUUGAUUUCACAUCCAUGGAAAUUGAUGCUAAUAUUGCAAAAUGGUUGUAUCCAAGACUUGGUUAUGGUGUUUACCUUCCUCCAGUUGAGGAAGCUGGUAUUUCUGCACUGAAGAGAGCGCUUGGUGCUUUGAACACUCAUCUUGCUUCCAACACAUUUCUUGUUGGACAUUCAGUCACCCUUGCUGACAUUAUCAUGACAUGCAACCUCUACUUGGGCUUCUCUGAGAUCAUGACCAAGAGUUUUACCUCAGAGUUCCCUCAUGUUGAGAGGUACUUCUGGACCAUGGUUAACCAGCCAAAAGUCAAGAAGUUUCUUGGUGAAGUGAAGCAGGCAGUGUCUGUGCCACCUGUUCCUUCAAAGAAGCCUACUGCCCGCCCAAAAGAAACUAAACCAAAAGCCAAGGAUGAACCAAAGAAAGAAGCCAAAAAGGAGGUUGAGAAACAGCCAGCAAAGACAGCGGUCGCUGGGGAGGAAGAGGCACCAAAGCCCAAACCAAAGAAUCCUCUUGAUUUGCUGUCUCCUAGUAAGAUGAUACUGGAUGACUGGAAGAGGCUUUAUUCUAACACAAAGACCAAUUUCCGUGAGGUUGCAAUUAAAGGAUUCUGGGACAUGUAUGAUCCUGAGGGAUACUCUCUCUGGUUUUGUGAUUACAAGUACAAUGAGGAGAAUACAGUCUCAUUCGUCACAAUGAACAAGGUUGGAGGGUUCCUGCAAAGAAUGGAUUUGGCACGAAAGUAUGCUUUUGGCAAAAUGUUGGUGAUUGGAGCUGAGCCUCCAUUCAAGGUGAAGGGGCUAUGGCUUUUCCGUGGGCAAGAGAUUCCUCAAUUUGUGAUUGACGAGUGCUAUGACAUGGAACUCUAUGAAUGGAAGAAAGUUGACAUCUCAGACGAAGUACAGAAGGAACGGGUGAAUCAGAUGAUUGAAGAUUGUGAGCCUUUUGAGGGAGAGCCUCUCUUGGAUGCCAAGUGCUUUAAGUGAUAAGUUAUCUCCUAGCUUAUGUUGUAUGCUAUUGUCCUACCAUCUCAUAUUUUUUUGAACUUGAUUUAGGUUACAUUACAAUCAAGAUUUAAACUAUCAGCAGCUUUAAGUGAAUCAGAUGAUUGAA